CAUACUCCCGCCUCCGAAACACAAACUCAACCAGAGAUCGAUUCCAGUGAGUGCCCACACACUAGAAGAUCUCCGUGCCCUUGAGUGAGAGACCAGAGCCAUGGCCGCCUUCACCCUUCGUGGGCUCACCUGCAUCGUCAUCGCUUGCUUCUUGCUGCUCGCACCAGCUAGUGAAGCCGCCAUCACCUGCGGGACCGUGAUCGGUUCCCUGAGCUCAUGCCUCCCCUACGCGUUUGGCAGGACGCCCACGCCGGGUAGCGCGUGCUGCGGCGGCGUUAAGAGCCUCUACAGCGCCGCCAAGAUGCAGGCCGACAGACAAACCGUCUGCACCUGCCUGAAAGGAUACGCCGGAAAAAUUUCCGGCAUCAACUACGGUCGGGUGGCCUCUCUGCCGAAGCAAUGUGGAGUGAGCCUUCCUUACGCCAUUUCUCCCAGCACCAACUGCAACACGAUUCCUUAAAAGAGAUACAUGGAUCAUUUCCAAUAGCAAGCAGAAGGAUCAUCUUAUAGUAGUUGUGGUGGCGCUAUGAUGUAGGAAGAAGAAUAAAAUAGGAGAGACCUUUUGGUGCAUGGAGCUCCGGAGUUCCCUUUUAGUUGUAUGGUUACUUUACAGUUUGUGUGGUGUAUCUGUACUUGAAGUGAGAACAAUUUACUCUCUGUUCUCAAUAUCUAUACUAUAUCAAUAAAAAGCUAGAAUACUUCCUCCUA